CAACAAAUGAGAAUACACAAAUCAAAAUUCAAAUAUUGCAAUUACAAAUGACUGCAUUCGAACCUAAAGCUGAAAUUGUCUUGUUUAACCAAUAAUCACUCCAACGAAAGAGACAUAUCAAAAGUUUCUCGAAUCCAACUUGAAAACAGGAUGAGUUGAAGCUUGAAGGUGACUGCAUGCUACCGGCAAAAUUUUGGGCGACUGUCAUCGGGACAAAUUUAAAUUACUUAAAAUUUGCAACCUUGUAGGGCAGACGCAGACGAGUCCUUUCCUCAGUACACAGCCGGCCUGUGCAUAAAUCGCCGGCUUAAUAGCCACCCACAGCCACCAAUGCCAUCGUCGUUCCUGGGGAACCAUGACGAUUUCUUCAGUUUAACGGCCUUAUUUGUGGGUCCCUCUCGCCUUACUAUUAGACGGCUUUCCCUCUAUGGUCGCGCCAAUCAAAAAGGAAAAUUACAAGAAAUAAAAAGAGAUACUGAGGCCUCUUGGCUGCCACAAGUUCACAACAAACUUCCUUCCGGAAAAAUAAUCCAUUUUCUUUUCUUUACUCUGAUGGAAAAUAAGCCUUGUCUCGCCGCCCAAACAAGGCCCCACCCCCAGCUCCAACCCAUUCUCGAACACCAUGAUCUCCCCUUCACGCUCCCUCAGUCUCUCUCCUCCCCAUUCAUCUUCUCUGAAAUCCAGGACCGCCCAACAGAGCAACCCUAUUCUACACGUGGAGCUCCGACUGACUACGGAUGGAAACCGGGUAAUCUCCACCGCUCCAAAACAGCUCCAGCCAUGGUCGUGAUGCGAGACUUGAAACCAGAAUCAACCCAAGAUCCCAAGCCGCAAUCUGACUCCAGCUCCAUUAUCAGGCAAUCCAUUUUCCUGUUGUCUAUGUUUCUACUUCUCGGCGUGGUUAUCUACUCUUUUAACAGAGAUAAUUUCUCCGGUGUAGAAACCCAUCCGGUUGUGGAUGCUCUUUAUUUUUGUAUAGUAACUAUGUGUACCAUUGGCUAUGGUGAUAUAGCUCCUUUGACACCAGGAACAAAAGUCUUUGCCUGCAUGUUUGUAUUGGUUGGUUUUGGAUUCAUAGACACAUUACUUAGUGGGGUUGUUAACUAUGUUCUUGUUGCAGAGAGUAUGAUCUUGGCUGGGAUUCAAAUGGGUAAAGCCCACCAAGGAUUUUCAGCUAGGAAUUACAUUAUCGAUGUCGAAAAGGGGAGGAUGAGGAUACGAUUGAAGGUUGGAUUGGCACUUGGCGUCGUGAUUUUGUGUAUCGGAAUGGGUAUGUUGGUUCUGUACUUUGUUGAGGAUCUGGAUUGGAUUGAUUCGCUAUAUUUGGCAGUUAUGUCAGUUACUACAGUUGGGUAUGGUGAUAGGGCAUUUAAGACUCCGCCCGGAAGACUGUUUGCGGCUAUUUGGCUUUUGGUUUCUACGCUGGCGGUGGCAAGGGCUUUUCUUUUUUUAGCAGAGGCUAGGAUUGAUAAGAGGCACAGAAGGAUCACCAAGUGGGUUUUGCAUAGGGAUAUUACCGUUGAGGACUUGCUUGCUGCGGACAUCAAUAACGAUGGUUUCAUUAGGUGCGGUUCUAUCUUGAUCCCUACUAGUUUUUCUUGUUUAAUUGUUGCGCUAUUUGAUGCAAUGGUCUAGUUUUACUGUUUGGUGAAAAUUUGUUAAAUUAGUCAUAAAAUCUCCAUUUUUGUUAGUUCUUUCUGGUAAGCAUACUUAGUUCUGCAACAACACGAGCAUGUAGAUAGACUGGAUUCUUACCUCUUAGGUUUUGGGUUGGUUGAGCAGUUAAGUGAGGCCAAUUUCUAAUAAGUUUUGCAUCUGAUGAAAAUUGUCUUUUUUUAGACCUGGAGACCUUGAAUACAGAGAUGCAAAGUUUGUAUGAUAAAACACAUCAUGCGACAAUGUUUGCUUGAUCUUGGUUAAAGCAAAUUUUUUCUUGCAAAAAUUGCUAGAACCUCUUGCAACUUGAACAAUAGAAUAGAAAGUAAUGCCUAAUUGAACAACCUUUCACUGUGAAGGCUGCACAUGGCAUGUAUAUAAAUUAGAGUAAUCGUUUAUGAGGAAAGUUAAGAUACUUUGUAAGCCAUCAUCUAUAUUGAGUGUGUAUGGGUUGAGGUCCUGAGGAUGCUAAUUGAGGUAAAUGGGGUAGAAUAGUGGUUGGUGUUUUUGAUUUCUCAUCCAGCUUAUGUAAUCUGUUUAUGAUUAGAAUCAACUCCCUAACCUUAUUAAUGCUGUUACUCUUUUGUUGCAUUUGAGACCUUUUGCUGUUCACCUAGAUAUUUAUGGGCAAUAGAAAUUAAAUUUGUUGGGCUAAUCUAAACAUUUCAUAUUUUUUUAAAUCAAGCUAUGUUGAGCUGAAAUUCGUUUAUGUUUUCUUUUUUAAACCUUUCCUGCUGCAAAUCAGAACAUGUAAUCUACAAGCUCAAAGAGAUGGGAAAGAUCGGGGAGAAAGAUAUAUUGCAGAUAUGCAAUCAAUUUAGCAAACUAGACCCCAACAACUUGGGAAAGAUAACCCUAACUGAUCUGUUGGGGAAUCGUUCAUGACAAUUAAACAGAUUAAUUUAAUCUGUAUUUUUUAACAGAAGCAUUUGGAGUUAUCUCCUCAUCCUGGAGUAGGACAAAUGGAAAUAGGAGCUUGAGAAUCUUCAUACAAAAAAAUUUGCCGGUUUGCAUGCAUAAGUGUUGUUCUAUCUAGCAAAAGAGGUUUGCAGAUUAGCCACUGCGCCGUUGCACAAAGAACGGCACAGUCAUAGAGGGUUACUUUCGGUGCUAAAACAAUGAUCACAGGAGAAAACAAGGAUUGAAAAUGCAAGGGCAAUGCGUGGUUGCCUUUCUUUACCAAACCCCCACCCCCAGCCCCAGCUCCCCAAAUCUAUAUCCUAUUUCUUUGGGCCUUGAAUUGUAUAUGACAAAUUGACAAUGUAAUUACGCAUUUAUAUUGAAACCAUUCCGAAGGGUAAAAGGCAAUGAGAAAAUUAUACAACUUAACUAAAUUUUACUCCGAAA